AUGUCUAGUACACCCGAAUCAUCUUCAGAGACACCAAUCUCUACUCCAGAGCCUACUUCUGAGACUCCAACUCCGACGCCGCAGUCUCCCACAGAGACGCCAACACCUACCCCAGAAACCCCAGUUGAGUCCUCGUCAAGCGAAACUCCUACUCCGAGCGCGACACCAACUCCUGCACUCCCAGCCGGCUGCACUCUAAUUGAUGUGAUCCCAGUCGCUACCAAUGCUGUUGUUCAAGGCGGCUUCGAAGGCUUUGUAAGCUCCACGAACAGCCCACCAUGGUCCCGCGCCAACAGCUUUGCUGUGUUCUACAGUCUCGCAUCCUUCGCACGCGAGGGCAAAGCCUUUGCUCUCCUCCAAAGCCCUUCCUCUCCCACCUCUGCGUCCGAAGUCUCCGUCUUCCAAACGCUCUCGAAACUCGACACCACAAAUUCAUACACCUUCACCUUCUAUUACCGGCCAUAUGUCCUGGAUGCGUACUAUAACGCGGCUAACCCGGCGUACGUGGCUGUCUACCUGGAUGAUGUGCAGAUUGCACGCGCGCCCAUUACGGCGCGCAGUGUUCCGUAUCUGCCAUUCACUGUGACGGGGAUUGUGCCUGCGUCACAGAAUCCGGUAUUUAAAAUCAAGUGGGAGGACCACCGCCCGCAGAGUGCAUAUUCGAAUUCGCAGAUACUGAUCGAUUCGGUCAGUUUGGUAAAUGAGCGUGUUGCGGCGCCUUAUAAGGAGGUAUCUUGUCCGGCAGGUCGGUAG